GAUAAGAACAAGGCUCCUUGUUGCUGGCCCCACAUCACAACACUGAAAGUUCUACUUGGACAAAGAAAACAAGAUGGCUGCACUUCUUGCAGAAAACUUCCGCUUCCUCUCGCUAUUCUUCAAGAGCAAAGAUGUGAUGAUUUUCAAUGGCCUGGUUGCCUUGGGCACAGUUGGAAGCCAGGAAAUCUUCUCAGUAGUUGCAUUCCACUGCCCAUGCUCCCCAGCUAGGAACUACAUCUACGGAUUGGCUGCCAUGGGUGUACCAGCCCUGGCCUUGUUCCUUAUUGGUGUCAUCUGGAACAACCACACUUGGAGCCUGGUAGCAGAAUGUCACAGACGAGGAACCAAGAACUUUUCAGCAGCAGCAACCUGCUUGAUCUUUGGCUCAGUCAUGGGGCGAGCUGCAGUGGCUCCUGUCACAUGGUCGAUGAUUUCCCUGCUUCGUGGAGAGGCCUAUGUCUGUGCCAUGAGUGAAUUUAUGGAUCCUUCCUCCUUGUAUGAAUUUCCACCUGGCUAUGGAGCCGAUAUCAUGGCCAGAUUCCCUUGUGACGAUCUGCCGGGAAACUUGACGAUAUUUAAGGAUGAAGUUAUAAGGCGAUUAAAAUAUGAAUCACAGCUUUUUGGGUGGAUGCUCCUUGGUGUAGUUGCAGUUCUAGUGUUUCUCACCAAAUGCCUGAAGCAUUGCUGCUCACCACUCAGCUACCGGCAGGAGGACUACUGGGAUCAAUACCGAUCUAAUGAGACCAAACUGUUCCAUCGCACUGCAGAGGUGCAUUCUAAGGUCAUGGCUGCCAACAAUGUCAAAAAAUUCUUUGGUUUUGUAUGCUUAGAUAAGGAAGAAAAGGAAUUGGUACAGGAGUACCCUGUGGAAGAUGUCCAGCCCAGGCCACAAUGGGAUGCCAUCACUGGGGUCUGUAUCUAUCGGGAGAAUAAAGGCUUCCCUCUCUACAGCCGUCUUCAUAAAUGGGCCAAAGGUGUAGUGGGAUGCAACUCAGGUCCUGAUAACCAGGAAAUGGUCUUCCUUGCUGCCUAAGAUAACUGAACGUGUCCAGCAAUCUCUUCAUACUCUGUGCGCCAUGCUCAGCUAGUGCAUAAAACUGAUGGAUUGUUUGUGAAUUACCAACUGAGCGACACAGGUAGCCUACUCCUCAUGGGAGUUGAAUCAAAGACCAAUGGCAAUUGUGUCUUACUAGGGAGUUCUCCUCUGAAAGAUCAAAGCUUUGCUGCUUUGGCAGAAGAAUAGUACUAAACUUGAGAUAACCAAGUGAAGCUUGAUUGUUGACUGGCAGCAGGGUUUGCAGAUGCCAGACACAGAGAAGUCCUCAUAAGAGACACACAUGUGUAGCAGCAAGGUUUAUCCUCAUUUAAGGCACAAAACAAUCUUACCAAGCUUAUUAUUUUGACUGCUGCUACCUAAAUUGUACUUCUUUAGUAGCUUUCCUCUAGGAAGACUGAAACCAGAGUGUGGACAUCGAGAGAAAGCCACCAGUGAUAACAUAGAUGACUAACUCAGGAACUUUACUGUUGCCUGGCAUGAUUUAAGUUUGGAGGAGAUGGGACUGUGGAAUUCCGUCUUUGCAAGUGGCAGCUGCUCAGCUUUCCCUUAAUUUGGUUUUAAAAAACAGAACUGGACCGAAUUAUCUCCUUUGAUCAAUGAUACUGUGCUUUGAAAUGGCACGCCUGUACUAUUGCACUUGGAAAUCUUGUUUAUAAUUAUGGGUUUUCCACAUUGCUGCACUUUACAUAACAGAAGCACAAUUUCUUGCUCUGAAGGUCUAGCAAAUACAGCCAUCUUUACUUGGAAGAUAGCAGAUGGGGCCAUCCAUAGACAAGGCAGGGGUUGCUAGCUACAUAGUCAGGGGAUUCUUCAGGCAUGCAGAAAAACAUUUUACUUUAAGAAAGCCCCCGCCUUCUCUCUCACACACAAACACACAACCCUGAUGAAGACUGAGCCUUCAGGUUUCCCUGUCAUAGGUACAGAGAUCAGUUAGAGGAGGAAAAAGGAAAUGGGAAGGGAAAGUUAGUCAGGCUCAAUACCUUUAAUAUAUGUUACCCUGAAGGAGGAAAUUCCCAAUCACUUAUUCUUUGUCACCCAUGAUUUCUUAUCAGAAUAAGGCAACACAGUGUACAAAUGCUGAAACUGUAACAAAACCACUGAGGUAAAACAGAAUUUCAGAUAAAGAAUAUGAAUAAACCAAUCUCGUGUACAGAUGUAUUCGGUGUACUUAUUUCUUUAGAAAUAUAAGUACAUAGAAUACAUAGACACACAAUUGGUUUAUUCAUAUUUGAAAUUCUGUUCUCCACAGUGGUUUUGUUACAGUUUCAACCCAUGAUUUCUUGGCAGGUCCCUAUUUCCCC